GUCUUACCCCAAUGGUCCAUCGAGGUGAUGCCCUUGGGGAGAGGAAUCGAUCCCUGGUCCUGGGAGCUCAUCUUCACGAUCGGCGAUGCAGAUGGCUCGAGAGUCAAGGGUGUGUCUGCUUCGGGCGCUUCCGGCGCCAAGGGACUUCAAGGCACUGCGACUCACCAGAAGAGGAGCGUCACCUUUGAUCACUGCAGCUCUGAUCACCCCUCGGCGAUUAGCCAGGAUGACGGGCCUUUCCUUUUCGGGAAGCUCCGCGCGGGCGACGCCUCGGAGCAGAUCGGUGCGGCCAUGGGCCUGGCGGAGGUCUUCGUGCGUAUGGAGAAGGCGAAGCUCACGCAGCUCAUGCCAGAGGUCCAGAAGGGUGCCAACGAGGAGAGCGUCACAGUGCGCCGUGGCUUUCUGGAGCUGAUGGAUACCAUGCCUCAGGCCAUGAAGAUGGAUUUCGUUCCCUACAUCGAACGCCUCUUCCCUGCGAUGCUCAUGGGCAUCAAUGGUGAGAAGGACCUGAGCGAUGAUCCAGCAAUGAAGGCGGCCCAGGCGUUGGUGGGCCGCUUUGGAGAUUUGUGCCCAGAUCUGCUCAUGGCGGCUUUUGAGGGCUCCUAUGCGAAAGCUUUGGGGUCCUCAGGUGACUGGAAGAAGAUGCAGAUCGUCCGCGAGAAAUCGAUGCAGCUCUUGUUGAAGACUGCUGAGAAGAUCCUGGAGCACAAGAAGUUUGGGCAGGACUUGCUGACCUGCGACGAAUGCUCCAACAAGGCCACCCGCUUGCGUGUGCUGAUCCUCUCUUUCGUGGCUCGCAGCGACCCCGACGCUGCUGUGAAGCGUGUGGCCAGCAACGUCUGGAAGACCUCCGGCGGAUCCCCGAAGAUGCAGAAGACGAUCAUCAAGGAGUUGUCUGAGAGCAUCCUGAAGUGGCGCGCAGGCUCCAUGGGCGCGGGUCUUCAAAAGGUGGCCAAGGAUGCCCUGGCGGAGCUGGUGAAGGCAGGUGAACCAUUUGAUGGAAACGCCACCGACCUCGAGCAGGCGGGCGAUUUGGAGGAGCCCAGUGAAGAUGCAGAGGCAGGCCGAUUGAAACGCGGUGAACCUCCAGACCGUUUCUUGAAGGCCGAGGCGGCCGAGGCCGUGACCGGCGACUUCGCCUUCGAGGUGGCCCAGUCGAACAGUGCAGAGGCCGCACGCAUUGCCGCAGGUGACGUGCGAAGUCUUGACAUUCCCAAGUCUGGAUCGGCCAUGCCCGUGGAUCCCGGGCGGUUUACCGCGAAAGACCACCACCAGCACAGCCGGGAGCAACAGGUGAAUGCACAAUGGCAAGGCCCGCGGCUUUGCGAGGAAUACGUGAUCAUCUGGCAAGAUCUCUGCCCAUCUUCCCCGGUCUCUUUCUCCGAGUGGGCGCUCCGAGCAGCAGAUACAGUGCCGCAGACCGUGAUAUGGGAGUUGGAGGCAGCGCUGGAUGUCAAGGUCACGAAAAUAGUAGUUGGUGGGAAACGGCAACACGAGAAGAAUAGUCAGCAUAGAGAUAGGAAAGCCGUGUUUGACGAGACGCCGAGAUUGAAGCUGCCCACCAUUGCAUCCUUCAGUCAGCAGCAAGGCCGUGUGAAGCUGGUCUUAGCCUUAAAAGCCUUUGCAGCCUGGAGACCACGUGUGGGCUACAACACGGUGAUUGCGGGCUUCGCAGGGCAACUGAUGGCUGUCUUGGGCAGUGAGAAGCUGACUUUUAUGCUCUUGGCCUUGCUCUAUGAAAGGUACCACCUCAAGGACUACUUCGAAAAUGACGUGGCUCGACAGACGGAGAAAAUCAUGCUGGAUGCUCAGAAGGUUUGGGAAGCCACCCAGUACCGAUGGCCAGACAUGUUCCAGACCUUCCAACGCUUUCCGCGCGGACAAGAGAUCUUCUUGGAGAUUGUAAGGCAUUUGCUCUCAACCCUUCUGAUCGACUCCUACUGUCCGGAAAUACAAGCAUUUGAAUGGCAUGUGCGUCUCCUGCAUCGCCUAGUGGUUCCGCUGGGCACGUAUGAUGCGAACGAUCCGCGUUUCCAAUUCAGACAUCUGAUCAUGACCAUCAUGGCCCGCCAUCAGCAUCUCUUCAUGAAAUGCAAAACGCAACAUGAGCUGUUGCAAAAAGUCAAUAUGCUCCGGAAAAGUGUGCGGAUGGAUCCUUUGUUGGCAAAGCUCUUGUCCCAGAAUCCGGACCGUGAAGAAGUCAACCUCUUUCCCAGUCUAGUGUCUGGUUCAGCCGCAGGCAUUCUCUCUCACCACUUGCUGAACUUCCUGCCCUCCUUCUUUGAGCCUGCACAGCUGGCUCUUUCCUUCUCAACUGCGGCAGCUGGUGCCAUUGCCAGUCUGCGUUGGCAAGUGAGAUGGAACAACGAACACGUGGCAGAUGCAAACCGUACAUUGCUCUCAGGGGAGAGCCGGCGCCUUAUCUCAGGAUGUGUGGAAUGUGCCUUGCUGGGUGCCUCGAAACAGCCAGGUCAGGGCUCCGAUAGCCCAGCUGAUGAGGCCGACAUCAAGGAGGACUGCCAAAUGGUGAAGAAGGUUGAGAACUUCUGGAACAAGCAAGCGCUGUUUGGAAGUCUCCCAGGCGACUUGAAGAGCCAUGCCUUGUCGGUCUCGGAGAGCGUGAUUCGUGAGGGUCACAAGAAGAAACUCCCAGGGCCCAAGGUCGUUGAGGAGCUGCAGCUGGCCUUGCAGAUGAUUUGCCAAUGCUGCAAGGAGCAGGUGGAGGAGUUUUGCAAGUCUUUGCCUGAUAAUGUGGAGGCCAUCGGGUACUCAGCGCUGUGCCGUGAAGUCUUGGGUGAGGAUUUCGAAGGUCAACACCAUGAGGGCUACGAUGCGGGCACCCUGCUGAGAGUGGAGAACAUGUUGCUGAUGUAUGGUGCCGGCAAGCUCUUGCUGAAGGACACCAUGCUGGAGAUGAAGGCGAACCGCCGCUAUGGGGUGGUGGGCCACAACGGUGCCGGUAAGACCACCCUGAUGAAGGAGAUCGUGGCAGGGCGCAUCGUGGGCAUGCCCACGCACCUUCGCUGCGUGCACGUGGACGAUUCCAAGCUAGGUGAGAUGAGCAAGAGCAGCUUGAACGCCCUGGAAUAUGUGCAAAAGAAGGCCAUGGAGAUUGGCGUCACGGAUGCCUCGGCCGAGAACUUGCGGACUGUGGGCUUUCCCGAGAAGAUGUUCGAGGUGCCGGUGGCCGAGCUGUCCACUGGCUGGCGCAUGCGCUUGACCUUGGCCGUGUCUAUGCUGAAACAUGCAGACAUUGUCCUUUUGGAUGAGCCUACGAACCACUUGGACCAGGAGUCUGUGGAUUGGUUGGGUGACUACUUGUUGCAGUUGACCAGGUCCUCUGUCAUGGUCAUCUCCCACGAGCCGAAGUUCUUGAACAAGAUUUGCACUGACAUCAUCUCUUACAAGGACAGGCAGCUGGUCUACACCGAAGGAAACUUCGACGCUUUCGUGAUGGCCAAGGGUAUCAAGGCGGAUGACAUCGAGGCACUCUUGUCCGGAAACUUGAAGCUUGAUGAGGACCAGGGGAAAGGGUACACUGCAUUUGUGAAGGUUCCUCAGGAGGAGGGCGAGGAAGGUGCGGAGGAAGCCGCCAAGGCGGCGGUUCAAGCGCCCAUCACUGGGCCUCCCAAGAUCAGCUUCCCAAUUCCCGGCUCCGUCGAGGGCGUGAAGUCCAGCUCAAAGGCGGUCAUCGAGUUCAAGAACCUCUCCUUCCGCUAUGGCAAGGACAAGGACUACCUCAUCACCGAUGUCGCUGGAAAGCUUUCCUUGGGCUCUCGUGUGGCGAUUUGCGGACGAAACGGCUGUGGAAAGUCCACGUUGAUGACCCUCAUCUGUUCAGAGAUGAACCCCUCUGAGAACAAGGACGGAAAGCUGGGCGAGGUGACCCGGCAUUGCAACCUGCGUGUGGCAUACAUGAAGCAGGACCACUUGAAGACGCUCGGCCCUUACUUCGUGCCUCAGCUGCAAAAUGGGCUUCGACCAACCUCGCGAGGCAAAAACACACGUCGUCGACCUUCGCUUCGACCGAUGCGAUGGAUCCGCCGUCGACGAUGCGAUGGAUGCGAUGGAUGCGUGCAGUGCUUCCGGUGCUUGGCAUCAGAUCAUCAGAUCAUCAUAGAGAAGUUGAUUUGCCCCAUCGAACAAAAAGGUCCUUGCCAUCGUGCAAGCACCAUCGGUGUUUUGUCCAAGCAAGUAGCGAAACUCACAAACCGCUCAGAGUGUUUAUUUGGGUGA